GACGUCCGUCUGUGAAGUUUGUGUAGCCGUGUGUGGAUCAGACAUGUCGGGCUGCAGGCUGAUGAGAGCCGUCAGGGUGAAGGAGUUUGGAGCUCCGUCAGUCCUCAGACUCUGCUCAGAUGGGACUGUCCCUCAGCCUGGACACAGACAGGUGUUGAUUCGUGUCCACGCCUGUGGAGUGAACCCUGUAGAAACCUACAUCAGGGCUGGGACCUACGCCCGUAAGCCCCCCCUGCCAUACACACCGGGCACAGACGUCGCUGGAGUGGUGGAAACCGUUGGAGAAGGAGUCACUGCAGUAAAGGCAGGCGACCGUGUGUUCACCACAGCCACAGAGUCUGGAGGUUAUGCAGAGUACACCGUAGCAGCCGAUGAGUGUGUCCACAAACUGCCAGAUGCUUUACACUUCACCCAGGGGGCGGCCAUAGGGAUCCCCUACUUCACCGCCUACAGAGCUCUGGUUCACAAAGCUCAUGCCAAAGCCGGAGAGACCGUUCUCAUCCAUGGAGCCAGUGGAGGGGUUGGUGUGGCAGCGUGCCAGUUGUCCCGUGCUCUGGGUCUCAAGGUGUUGGGGACAGCAGGGACACCGGAGGGAAUGAAGUUGGCUCUCAACAACGGAGCUCACCUGGCCUUUAAUCACAGAGAAGAGGGCUACGCCGAUAAAAUCAUGGAAGCCACAGAAGGCCGAGGCAUAGAUGUGAUAGUAGAGAUGCUGUCAAACGUCAACCUCAGUAAAGACCUCCAGAUGUUGGCCUUUGGAGGACGUGUUACGAUCAUUGGCUGCAGAGGCUCCAUAGAGAUCAACCCCAGAGACACCAUGGCUAAAGAGAGCAGCAUCAUGGGAGUGGCUGUUUUCUUCGCUACACCGGAGGAGAACAAGGAGUGUGCGGCGCUGCUCUACGCAGGGAUGGAAGCUGGUUGGCUGCGUCCAGUCGUCGGUUCCCAGUAUCCGCUUGACAAAGCCGCCCAGGCCCACCAUGACAUCAUUGAGUGUCCUGGGGCUGCUGGGAAGAUAGUCUUGACCAUGUGAUGUAAUCAUAUCACAGGUCAAAGGUCACUGAGUAGGGUUUUGGCUGUUCAUAAAGGAAAAAAAAAAAAUGGUUUAUGUGGUUACAUUAAGCUUUGAAUGAUUACUGAUAAUUACCUUUGAAAUUUGAAGGAGUUACUACUAAUAUGCUGAUUUAUCAUCACUGCCAAUCUGCAAAACAUACGUAAAAAAUAUAUUUUAACAAGAUGGAUGAGAACAGUUAAAUUGACUAAAAGGUUGUGGGCCACACAACCUAAACAAAUGGUUAUAGGUGUCCCUGUUAACAAGUGAAUGUUUAAAAUAGAUGGAUGUGCAGGGUUCCCGACUGUACAUUGGGUCUUAUUUAAUCAUGAAGGUGCCAAAA